CCUCCGACAGCUAUGUAAACCACCGACUAGCUGACAACUACACACGUCAACGUUCAUUUUUACAGGUGCGCGAGGGAAUUUGGUUGUGCUAUUACAGGGCAUUCCGCAGCACUUUGUUGGUCUUGGAUCGUUUCCAGCCAAAUCGCUUGGCUUGUUUGGUGGCUGGGGGCGUUUUGGGCUCGUCGACGAGUGGCACGGUCGGUCCGUCGACCGUGGCCGUGAAGCUCUGGUACGCGCUGUCGUCAAACGAGUAUUCACAAAAGAGUCGGGACGCGUUCACUUCCUUCUUGUCAACGGUGCUCCACAGCGCGCGGAGAAUGCCGACGAGUUCGCCGUGGGUCUUGGCAUUUCGCAGCGCUUUCGCCGACCGCGACGACGGCCCUUUGACCGUUUCUACGAGGAGGCAGUCGCGAAUGUCGCCGAGUUCCAUGCUGCUCAAGCGAAUGAGCUCGUCGUACGCAUCGACUUGCAAAUCGACCGCGACAACGACGUGGCCUCGCGGUUCGAUAAAGCCUUGGCUCGGUUUGACCUUGUACCGCGCGGGCUGGGCACUCUUGAUCUUGUACACGACGAGAGAGCUCGUCAAGUUCGUCAACGUGACCUUGCCCGACGGCUUGGACCCCACGUCCAUGUGAUACAGAAUUGUCUGCGGGGUCAGCGUGACGAGGCCCACGGGUUUGCUUGGGCCGUGGUUGCGCUCGAACGCCUUCAAGAGCGAGAAACGGGACUUGGACUUGUGCGAGGACAGCCUCGCCGGCGACGAUGUCGGAGACGCCACAGGGGACGCGCCAUUCGUGGCCAAUGGAGGCGGCCGGUCGUGGUGGGCCGACGGCGACAGAUUCGACGACGACCGGGGACUAGUUGGAGGACUCGGGAUGUCCUGCGCGCUGUGAACUGCCGAGGUUUCGACAAACGCUUGUUGUUGCUCGUCGUAGACCCAGUCCAUGGCUGGCGUUGGCGCCGUCUCCGGAGAUCGUGGCUGGUCAGACUGGGAAUCCGAGUACGUGAGGAUCGAGAAACCGGACGCAUCGUCGUCGAUGGUGGAAGGCCGUGGGUUAAAUACCGACCAGUCGUCAUGCGACUCUCGACGUGGCUGCAACUCGGAAACGAGAUCGUCGCCUUCUUCGUCAAACUUGUCCAUGCCGUCGCUGCUUUCGCUGUCCGCAUCGCUGGGGAAGCUCGCGGCACGGCCGUCGUGGGCAUCGAUUUCUUCAUGGCUGUCCUCCGACCCCGAGCUCUCUUCGCUCUCGUCCUGCUCUUGGCUGCUAUCGUCGUCGUCGACGUCAAUGGUCGCGGCCGGUGUUUCCGGUGGGACGCUGCUCGGCACAUGAAACCCGCCUUCCUGGCUCUUGAUGCUUGGGUCCAACCCCACGGCAGCCAACGCGGCAUCGACGACGGGUGGGGUUAUAUCAACCGACGGCUCAAGUGCCAUGAAAGAGGCAUCAUCUUCAGUCGUCGAGGAUGGACGGGACGAGCCGUCCGACAACGAAAGGGACCGAGACGACAGCGUUGGGUCCUCCGGCGCAGUCGCGUCCCCAGUGGCCUCAGUAGACAAGGGUGAUGCAUUCGCUUGGGCCGAUUGCUCAGGGCGAGAGGCAAGUUGAACAGGAGUCGCAGGUUCUACAGCAGCAAUACCUGGUGAAACAGGCACAGGAGCAGCAGCCAAGGGAGCUGUCGACUGUGGGGUCACGGAUGCACCACCCUCCACGACUGCUGGAAGCGGAUGUGGUGGCGCCACAGCAACAACCGAAGCGACAACCGCAGGAGUGACAGAAGGAGCACGUUUGGAAGUGGCAGACGUGGUUGGAGAGGUCGACACAGACGCCACUGCCGCCAAGUACGACGACGCCACAGCCGAACGAGCUCGUGCGGGAGCCACCGGCACCAGAGUUGCGACUGGUUGAGUUGUCGUUGAUCCAGUUCGCACUGAUCGGGUUACAAUUUCUUCAUCUCCGGACAUGGAUCGUGUCACCGUUUGCUCCGCAGGCGCUGAAGGAGUCGUUGUUUUUUCAAUCGGAGAUGCAGACUUAGGAGGUGGAAUAGACGCAAGUGGGGGAAGCGCAGCCGACGAGAUGGACUGCCGGACAACCUGGGAUGGCGCCGGAGCUGAUCGUGGAGUCAGGACGGGCGCUUCAACGAUGACAGGAUGGCCAGUUGAUGGCGCGGUCGGUGGCAGUAGCAAGGCCGGUUCGACUGCAGGAGGGACUCGGGCAGUCGUUUUUUCGCGUGUUUCGGAAGGCACAGUUGGCAGUGUGCGUGCUGGAGGAACAGCGGCCAUGCUGGCUGUGGGGGCUAGAACUGGUGGAUGUGACUUGACCACAUCGGGCUCAGCGGAGGCAACAGUUGGAACGAUAGGCAUGGAAUUUUCCAUAUCCUUCGAGGGACAUGCCGCGAAAGGCCGAGCUUGCAUCUUGUCUUGCAGAGCAAUGUUCUCGACAGAAGGCUGGCUUGGCACAACUUGCCGCAGGAUUUCCGGGUCGAUCAACGAAUCGAUGGUGGGUUCCGGCUCGGGUUGGACCUGGUCCUUCUUGGCCUGCCGGGCGUUUUCUUGCGCCGCGAACAACUCGUCUGCUUCCGUGAGCUCCAAAAUCGUCGCUCGCAACGGCCCUGCGUUGUCGUUGGUUCCGUUUUGGUUUAACAAGUGGCGGUUGAGGCUGCGCUGGUACUGGAGAUGCUCUAGCGGGGUCAUGAUGGGCCGCAUUGGAGGCGCACGCGUAAACGCUGUCGCGUACGAGGCGCACUCGGACACGACGGACAGUCGCUCGGCAUCUCCAAAUUUGUCGUCGUCAUCGCCGCCGCCGCCGCCAGGACCGACAAUUGCCGGUGCAGGCGUCGGCACGACUGCCGCUACCGUUGUCGCUGCAGGUGGAGUCUUGUCCAAGACGAAGGCCGCCACAUACUUCUGGACAAACAUACGCUUCGGUGGGCUCUGCCACAGCGCCUUGAGAAACUGCGCGCGCGCUUCGUCUGUGGGAAGCGCGGUUGCCGCGGCGGCCGUGACGUCGUCCAUUUCCAUGACUUGCAGUCGAACUUUGAACGGUUCAAUAUCGACGGCCUGUGCGAGUUGUUGGACGAUCUCGUUGUGCAACGACAUGGCGAGCUCGAGCUGCACGGACGCGGUCCCGGCACCGUCGAUCAAGCCGACGCGAUAUGGCAACGAUUUACAACGAAACUUGCUCUCGAUGCGCACCGUGAAGCACACGCGCUGGUGCGGGGCCAAGUUUUCGAUCGACAAGGUCGAGUACGACGUCGUAUUGUGCGGAGAGACGGAAAACACGAGCGACUCUGUCGACGGAACGAGCGCCAGGGACAGACCCGACUUUUCCCGCUUCCCGACAGACGAUUUGCGCGAUGCAGACGAGUCGACGGGCGGCGCAGUCCUCGGCGCCGGAACAUGCGUCGGUUUAGGUGGUGCAAGUUUCCGUUGGGAAUGUGGCGCUUGUUGCUGUGUCGCAGGAAUGUCGUGGAAUACUUCUUCGAUGGAGAAAGUGGAUUCGUGUGUAGUGAAGAGCGGAUCCGACACGGCUGGCUGUCGCGGAAUUGUGGCGCGCAGUGCAACCGCUGUCGUAGAUGGGGUCGACGUGUCGAUCGUUUGAGGCACCUUACCGAAAUCGGGCGACGCUUCGAACCGCAUGAUGAGGUUCUUGGCGUGGAUUUGACUCGAUGUGAGCGUCUUCCAUGCGGCGCUCCAUGCUGCGUCCUUUUCUUUGCUUUUCGGUUCGUUCUUGAACUGCAACGCUGCUUGGAACGCGCUGUCGUGGAUGGGGUUCGUGUUACACCCGCUUUGGAUAAGCAGGCGAUCCGUCACGAGCUUAUGCUCGUGGGAGAAGUGAACGAUGACUUCGUCGUACAGCGCUUGCCGCAGUUCGAUCCGCACGACGAUCUGUUCGCGAGGACCAAGCAUGCAUUUGCUAGGUUUGAUAAAGUACCGUUCCGGUUUGAGCGUCUUGACGCUGAAGAACGUGGUGUGGGAAGGAUGCAGGUUCACAACCGACAGCAACUGGAAUGUCUUGGACGGAGUCGGAUGCACGAGCGUGAACGUCAUAACUUCGGCAGGUUCAAACGCAAGGGACGAGUUUGAUGGAGCAUCCAGGUCGAAAGCGACUUCGCCAGCGCUCCGACGCGGCAGCCUGACGGCCGACGACGCACCUCCGCCGCCGACGGCCAUACUCUCCCGCGAAAACAUCCUUUGAU